AUGCCGAGGAAAACAGACCAGUCUCAGUAUAAGAGUGUAAUUGACUGUAGUAACAUGUCUUGCAUACAAGAUAGAAUGAGCAGAUUUUCAUUUAAAGAGUAUAAUAGUGAACAAUUGUGGGAAGACUACAUAGCUCGUUUUGAGUUGACCUGCAGAGUUAAGGGACUGGGUGGUGCUGACUCAGAAGAACAAGCGGCUCGGCGAGAUCUUCUAUUGGCAAAUAUCGGAGAGGAGCACCUCAGGGCACUGUCGGACCAGAUGUAUCCAAGGGCCUGGGAGGAGUGCACCUACUACGAAGUCAAAGAGGAAGCCAACCGGUUGUUCAAGCCUACAAGGACCCUUUUUGCAACAAGGUUUGAGUUUGAAAGAGCUAUAAGAAAAGAUGGUGAGACAUUUAUUUUGUUUUAUAACAGAUUGAAGUCUUUAGCUAGAAGUUGUAAAUAUGGAGAUAGCUUAGAUGAACGAGUACGAGAUAGGUUUGCAGUAGGAAGCAACUGUCCAGAAUUUGAAGUUGAAGUCAGACAAAGAUGGCCCGAGGGAGUUGAUAACCGAGGUGAGCUUGUUAAGUCAACAGUAGUACUAGAGUUAGCUCAAUCCAUGGAACGUGCGAGAGAAGAAGUUUCCAAACAUGCGUGUAAAAAUGAGAUUUUCAAAGUAAGUGACAGUAAGGAAAAGAGGAAACCAGAGGUACAGAAAUCUAAUGGCUUCAAUAGGUGUUAUAGAUGUGGGUUUACACAUGACCCUAGUGAAGAUAGAUGUCCUGCUAUUUCUGCUGUGUGCAAGAAAUGUUCAAAGAGAGGCCACUUCGCAAGAAUGUGCAAAAGUAAAAAUAAUUUUGUCAAGAGAACAGAUGGUAAUUUGAGAAAAGUAGAUGAUUCUUGUAAUCAAACUUAUGAUGAUGAGUGUAGUUCUGAUAUUGAUGUUAGUGGUACACAAAUUAGGUCAGUCAAGAGUAAGGUUCCCAGAGCUACAAUAGAUGUAGAAUUGAACGGGUAUAAUGUUAGAAUGGAGUUUGAUUCCGGGGCUCGGGUGAGUGCUAUAAGUUUGUCUCUUUGGGAUAGGAUAAAUUCAAGUGGCGAAUCUCUCAAAAAGACGUCUGAUGUCAUCACUGGCUAUGGGAAAAAUAAGCUAGAACUCAUGGGUAAGGCUUUUGUGGACGUUACUUUACGUAGCGAUUGCCGGUCAUUGUAUUACUAG